CCCGACGUCGAAGUGAAUACCCAUCCUGGUACAUUCGGCAAAUCUCAAUUCCCUUUGGUCCAUUCUUCUUGUCAGCUGCCUGAGCCACUCAUUCGCAGUCUGGAACUGCCGUAUUGGUAAGACAGACAGUUUUUGCUCGUGGGGAAGCUUUUCGCUUGGUCAGAAGGCUGGUUCGACCACGGGACGCCCUGCGCAGAGAGAAGAAAAAAUCAUGCGCAUUCGGCCGAUUCGGGCACUCGAAGUCCGCCAGCACAUGUACGAUCUGCACUGACUGGCACUAAUCAGCCAUAAGCCAUGGCACGAUUCUUUCGGACGAGAUGCAAGGCAUAUCUCGGGCCCGCCGGUCAUGGCUGAAUCCGGGCUCCGAGUACGCGGAAACUAUUCAAAGGUCCUCGUCCGUGUGUACACUAGUGAUUGGAGGCGGAGGACGAGCGGAGGGUCGUGGUGGAAAGGCACUUCGCGACUUCUGGCGAGUCUAGCCGCUCUUGCGGGCUCCAAACGCUGAACACGAAAGCGAGAAACUUCGAUAGGCGACAGCUGUCGAACGGGCCAGGAAUGAGAAUCUCUCCGAUAUGAGGUUUUUUACCAGCAUUUUCGUAUCAUCCGUCGCUCGUCAUGGAGACUUUUGUUACUCGGGCACGGAGUCUCCACGGACGUCCACACGUUUUUUUCUCGCAAGGUGCAGGGUGUCCAUUGUGGUAUGCGGAUGUGUUUGCAAAUGUCACGCUACCGAGAGCCAGGACACCCUUUUGGUGGCAAUGAAACAAAUCCCCUGCCCAAAAGGGUACGAGUGGGAAGAAAUACAAAGGCUGAGACACAUGGGCAGACCGCCUGAAGCGAGGAGGUAUGGAUACUGGACUUGUAGAGGAAUCGAAGCCUGGUGAGCCUGACACACGCCACAGGGUAGCAAACAGGGAAGCCCGUUAACACCGACGGGGGUGCAGGGGAGUGCCCGGGGGAGGCCUGGAUGAGCCUACUGCACUCGCUCAAUAGCCCCGAGGGUGGCACUAUAGGCUUAGGUACGGAACUCCGCUUGUUCUU